GAAACUGCGACUGAGAUUCUUAGAGAGCAUUUUCCACGAACAUAUACCUAGAGAUUAAUAGAAAAUGAUUCGUGUUCUUGAAACUACAUUGUUGGCUAUUUCAUGUAUCUUAUGCAGUGUUUUAUUAGGGUUUUCCGAUGCAGCUCCAACCCCUAGAUACAAUGUGGUGAAGUUUGGGGCAAAAGCAGAUGGCAAAAGUGACUGCACUGAAGCAUUCAUAAAAGCUUGGCAAUCAGCAUGUGCUAAUCCCAACCCUGCCACUAUUUACGUGCCUAAAGGGAGGUACUUGCUGAGAAACACCAACUUCCGAGGUCCAUGCAAGAGGAAGGUAACAUUCCUCAUAGAUGGGACUCUUGUGGCUCCUGAAGAUUACAACGCGCUAGGAAAUUCUGGAUUCUGGAUUUUAUUCAAUCAUGUGGAGAAUCUAGUUGUUUCUGGUGGAAAAUUAGAUGGUAAAGGUGCUGCUUUCUGGAAUUGUCGGAGAUCUGGAAAAAAUUGCCCUCCUGGAGCAAGAUCAAUGACAUUCAACUGGGUGAAUAACUUGGUGGUUAGUGGGUUAACUUCAGUGAACAGCCAACUAAGCCACCUUGUAAUCAACACAUGCAACAAUGUUGUCGUGAAAAAUGUAAGGCUUAUUGCGCCUGACCAGAGCCCUAACACCGACGGCAUUCACGUUGAACGCUCAACUGGGGUUACCAUUAAUGGAUGUACCUUACAAACUGGUGAUGACUGCAUUUCCAUUGGUGAUGCCACCUACAACCUCUUCAUCUCCAACAUAAAAUGUGGCCCUGGCCAUGGCGUAAGCAUUGGAAGUUUAGGGCAAAAGGUGGACGAAAAAGGAGUAGAAAAUGUGACUCUAACAAACGCCAUCUUCUCUGGAUCGGAUAAUGGGGUGAGGAUAAAGACAUGGGCAAGACCGAGCAAUGGGUUCGUUAGGAAUGUUGUCUUCCAAAAUAUCGUAAUGGACAGAGUUCAGAAUCCCAUCAUAAUAGAUCAGAAUUACUGCCCCAAUAAUCAAGGUUGUCCUGGUCAGACUUCAGGAAUUAAGAUCAGUCAAAUUACAUAUUUGAACAUAAAUGGAACUUCAGCAACACCAGAAGCAGUAACUUUUGAUUGCAGCCCGAGUAAUCCAUGUCGAGGGAUCAAAUUUCAGGAUAUAAACCUAACCUACAAGAACAUGGCUGCAACUUCAUCGUGUAAAAACAUUGAGGGGACGAGCAGUGGAACACUUGUGCCAGAAAGUUGUCUAUAAUAUUAGUAAAUUGAAUUGUAUAAAUGUGUAUAUACCAAGUCUCUAUCUAUGCUUCGAGAUGAAGGGAUAUGCUUUGCUGGUAUUGUUUAAUGGUUUACAUGAUUGUGUAAAGGUCAAUUAAUCCUGCUCAAACUUUUCUCUUUCAAAAAGUUUUGGAGGACACUCUAUGUUUAUAACAAAAUGUAUUUCAACUGCGUUCUAUAUUUCUAUUCUUCCCCCACCCGAUGUUAAUGGUCUAAGUAAGAGAAAGAUUCAUUGACCAAAAUGGAUGGGAUUUUGUGACUUACUAAGAGUG